CUGAACAAGGCAGUUAACUGUUCCUAGGCUGUCAUUGUAAAUAAGAAUUUGUUCUUAACUGACUUGCCUGGUUAAAUAAAACAUCUGCUAUUCAUUUAACUUAUCUGCCCUUCCACCUAUCCAUGUCAUCCUUUUUUAUUCUCCUAAUUUUCCCUUUCCUCUUAUUUUGUCUCAUUCUUUCCUCUGCCACUGUCCCGUCUCCUAUUCCUCUCUCCGUUUCUUCUGCUCUCUGUCUUCUUCCCCUCUCUUUCUUCCUCCUCCUCCCUCGCUCUCCUACAUAGAGCCCCCUCACGGGCCCUGCUGCUGUCAUUGAACCUGUUGAAGUUUGCUAAUUAAGAUCCCAUUCAAAUUCAUCAUACCAUUUGGACAGCGGUCCAGCAGACACAGGAUAAGAGGGCUCCUGUCACCAUGACAACGGGCGCUAAUGGAGACUGUGGACUGGGCGGAUGGGUGGUGAUGAUGCUCCUCCUCCGGACUGGGCGGAUGGGUGGUGAUGAUGCUCCUCCUCCGAGCUACUUAACACCAUGGCUUUGAUCCGGCCUGGCACUCACUCCUUCUGUCCUGUCUGCUCACUGCACAGCUGAGACUGAGACUGGGCUGUGUUAUCUGAUCUGGGUCCAGACUGGGAGAAAGAGGAUAAGAGAGAGAGAAGAGAUGUCUACAGGCUGUGUGAGGUCGCCCCCGGAGACAGCGGAACACAGACUGACGGGUGAACAGGAACACCACUAUCAGAUGGUGGAGCCUGUGAGGACCCUGCUAGAGGAGGGGGCAGGGAUGACCAGAGCUGUGCAGGGGAAACACUGUCCUGAGGCAGUGCACCCCGAGGAGCAGCCAGAUGAGCAGGAACUGAAGAAACCACGCAGGAAAGACACGCCCGUCCUCAACACUCCUCCACUCAUACCAGGUCAGUCUCACUCUCUUGUUGUUACUGUUAGAGACAAAAUGAGACUUGAAGUAAACUGUAAAAUAGUGAUUCUAAGUGUGAGGAUGGUGAAAGGAGAAAAGAGAAUGAUUCACAUGGAGGAUGAAGAGAAGGAUGGAAAGAACUAGAAGUCAUUGGAUGAGAGUUUCUUGCCUACAUUUUUUGUUGUUGACAUUGUUGUUUUCAGUUGUCAUAUUACUAAUA